AUGUCAGAAGUUGAACAAGAUUUCUCAAAGGAAAAUAUCUUAGAAUUAACUACAAAUUUGAAAGUUGAAUUUGUAAAGAAAUACACUACAAAUGAAUCAUUACUAGCAAUAAAUAGUAAAACAAAAUUACAAAAUUCAGAUGAAAACCUUGAGUUAGCCAAACUUACCAAGCUAAUCAGAUCAAUCGCUACCAAAAUAGGUAUAUUAUUAAAUCCAGGUAAAUUUGUGGAAAAGAAUUAUACCAUUUUCUAUAAGGAAUUACAAAACUUUUCAAACCAUAUAUUUUUCUUAUUAUCACUUUUACCAUUAUUUUAUAAAAACCCAUCUGUUUAUCCAUCAUAUUUUUUAAAUGAUUUAAACAAAUUAAUUAUUAAUUUAAUGGAGAAUAUUUCAAAAUUAUGUAUUGAAAUUGAAUUAUUAUCAGAUGACUCGAUUGAUAACGAAGCAAAAGAAGAACGUAAUGAAGAGAGAUUAAUUCCAAUCGGUUUAAUUUGGAAUUCUUGUGAUUCUUUAUUAGAAUUAUCUGAAAUUGGCCCCACUGGUGUUCUAUCAAAAUUAAUAACGAAAAACUCUACAUUACUUAAUGACGUAUUGGAAGAAAUUGAUGACUGGUUAGUGGAACCUUCAUUAGGUAAUGAAGAUUUCCUUGUAGAUGAAUAUUCCUCUGAUGAAGAAGAUAAAGAUGAUAGCAAGUUAAACCCUAUUGAUGAUUCUAAUGAUAAUGAAGAAAUCCUAAAAGUUGUGGUCCCAUUUGUUAAAGAUUGGCAGAAAAAUAUUAAAUUGAUUAAAUUAUUGUUCUCAUCAUUUAUCAAGUCAAUUAAGGAAAAUAAUACAAAGUCAUCCAAAUUUAAAUCAUCGAGUAAUCAAGGUGAAAUAUUGGAUUCUUUGAAUGCUUUGCAUGAUAAUAUUAGUGAAUCGGUAGACAUCUUAGUUUCGGAUAUAUUAUCAUCUGAUACUUUUAUUGACGUCCAAACAGAUUUCAAUGAGGAAAUUGAAAAACUAAAUGAAUACUUAAAGAAAAUGGUCAAGGCAAUUAAGAAUUUAAAUUCUAAUGAUGAAAAAAGAAAUAAAUGGCUUAAUGUUUGGGAAAUCAAGUACUUUGAAAAAAACUAA